ACCUACUCGGUUCGAAGGGGAGGCCUUUCCUCUUACUACGGUGGCCGGGGAGCUCGGGUCCCUGUGGCAGCGGCGCUGAGGUCGGAGCGUUUGCGUGUGUACUGGCUGCUUUGGGGGCGGCUUCUGCUAGAGCUGGAACACUUCCCGGGUUGGUGGCUCCUGCACAUUUUUUACACUUUUCCAGUUCUGUUUCGCACUAAAGAUAACUUUACAGAAGAAUGCAAUCAAGUGAUGGCUUUUUCUUUAGAAUUUGAAUAUGGAGGCCACAGGAACAGAUGAAGUUGACAAGCUAAAAACUAAAUUUAUAUCUGCUUGGAACAACAUGAAAUAUAGUUGGGUGUUGAAAACAAAAACAUAUUUUAGUAGAAAUUCCCCUGUAUUAUUGCUUGGAAAAUGUUACCAUUUUAAAUAUGAAGAUGAGAAUAAACUGUUACCUGCAAGAUCAGGAUGUACAAUAGAAGAUCAUGUAAUUGCGGGAAAUGUAGAAGAAUUUCGUAAAGAUUUCAUUUCAAGAAUAUGGUUGACCUAUAGGGAAGAAUUUCCUCAAAUAGAAGGCUCGGCUUUGACAACAGACUGUGGUUGGGGCUGUACAUUAAGAACUGGCCAGAUGCUAUUGGCUCAAGGACUCAUACUACACUUUCUUGGUAGAGCUUGGACGUGGCCUGAUGCUUUGAACAUUGAAAAUUCAGACUCUGAAUCAUGGACUUCCAACACUGUAAAAAAAUUUACUGCAUCAUUUGAAGCAUCACUUUCAGGGGAAGGAGAACUCAAAACCCCAACAGUUUCUCAGAAGGAAGCAAUCAGAAGAUAUUCUGAUGAUCAUGAAAUGCGAAAUGAAAUUUAUCACAGGAAAAUCAUCUCUUGGUUUGGUGAUUCCCCUUUGGCUCUCUUUGGUUUACAUCAACUAAUAGAAUAUGGAAAGAAGUCUGGGAAAAAAGCCGGAGAUUGGUAUGGACCAGCUGUGGUUGCUCAUAUUUUAAGAAAAGCAGUUGAAGAAGCAAGACACCCUGAUUUACAAGGAAUAACUAUUUAUGUUGCACAAGACUGUACAGUUUACAGUUCUGAUGUAAUUGAUAAACAGUGCACUUCCAUGGCCUUUGAUAAUACAGAUGACAAAGCCGUUCUUAUUCUAAUCCCCGUUAGACUUGGUGGGGAAAGGACCAACACCGACUACUUAGAUUUUGUAAAGGGUAUUUUAAGCCUUGAAUAUUGUGUGGGUAUUAUUGGUGGCAAACCUAAACAGUCAUACUACUUUGCUGGAUUUCAAGAUGACAGUUUGAUUUACAUGGAUCCUCAUUACUGCCAAUCUUUUGUAGAUGUCAGCAUAAAGGAUUUCCCUCUUGAGACAUUCCACUGCCCAUCUCCCAAAAAGAUGUCAUUUCGAAAAAUGGACCCUAGCUGUACGAUAGGAUUUUACUGUCGAAACGUUCAGGACUUCAAACGAGCUUCUGAAGAAAUCACUAAGAUGCUGAAAAUUUCUUCUAAGGAGAAAUAUCCCUUAUUUACUUUUGUAAAUGGUCAUUCCAGAGACUAUGAUUUUACAUCUACUACAACCAAUGAAGAAGACCUUUUCUCAGAGGAUGAAAAGAAAAGAUUAAAAAGAUUUAGCACAGAAGAAUUUGUCUUGCUCUAAAGAUUAGUGUUUUUGUGCUUGUUGAGAAGAACUCCUCUGCAGGGGGAAAAAUGAAGAGAAACAAGUUUACUCGAAACUGGCUUAUUUUCACAAAUAUCUUAAUUUUAUAUGUUCUUUUAAAAAAAGAACAUUUGGAAAUAUACAAGUUUUAGAGAUAUUUUUCUGAAAGAGAAAUGAUUUAAUGAAUCUUUAUUUCUAAUAAAUAUCAAGUGAUUCUGGCUGCAUUCCUAUUUCCCUAAGAUCUGCUAACGUUAACUCUAACUUAAUUGUAAGCCUUCCAGUCUUCAGAUUCUUCCACCUGAGGCCACUAGUCUCCUGAAGGGUUUGUGAUAUAGGUCCCCAAAUCAGAAUCACCAAAUAAGUUUGAAAGCUUCCACUUAGACACUAACAACCAGAAGACCAGAGAAUGAACCUUCUGCAUAGCCUCCUCAUAUUAAUGCAACCAAAGGAUACUUAUGGAUGUAUCUGGAUAUAUUAAACAGCAGUUGUUAGCUGUGAUAUGCAUACAAUUAUAUAAGUAGAAUUGUAAGUUAAUGUAAUACUUAGCAGUAUGAUUUUAUAAUGGCUCCUCAUUUUGCUUGCUAUCAAGUCUUCUCUGAGGAGUGAAUAUAAAGUAUUGGUGUUCCCCAGAAAUUUAAAGGUUAUGUUAUUAAUAACUUCAUCUAAUCAAAUCAGAUAAAGGCAAUUUUAAGGCAGUAGUACUGUUUGUUUCCUGUCUCAAAAAUGGAAUUUUAUGGAAUUCUGCUUACUAUGGAGUUUUUAAAUCUAAAUAUAAGGACUAAGAAAGAUAUCAGUAAAUGCUCCUCAAUGUGAUUUUUGCUAUUUGUAUGAAUCACUGUAGUGGUAUUUAGAAGUUGAGGCUAUCUAUAAGGUAAUUCUGCCUUAAGUGUGUUAUGUGUUACUGAAAGGCAAAUAUGUGAUAUAAAAAUAUAAGAGUUAUUAUUCAGCCAGGAUUAUGUACUUUAAUAAAGAUGUGAGAACAUAAAGUAUAUUUGUUUGGUUUUAAUAGGAUUAUUUUAGUUCUUUAAUUUGAAAAAAUCAUUGUCUCAUAUGAAGUCUAUUCUUAUUUAUAAUGAAGGCAAGUAAUAUUGUUUCUCUGAAAGCAAAAUAUUAACUUACUUUAUGGAGCUUUCAUGUUUCAGUGCAGAAAGGUGACUUAUAAAGACAUAAAACUGUGUAUCUUUUAAAGUCAUUGAUCUCUUCCAUCAGAAAGCCUAUUUGUUAGGUUUAGAGUUGCAUACAAAACAGAAACAGAGGGGGCAAUUGCUUUAAUAUGCCUGAUGAGAGAAAUCAGAUUUGGCAUUUCCCUGUGAGAACAAUUUACUACAAUGAUAAAAAUGGCCUAAAAUCUAAAAUUUUCCUUUAUUCCAGAUAAAAUCUGGACAAAUUAAGUCCAGUACUAAUUUUCCUAGAAUGUCAAAGCAUUACAAGAAUACGAAGCCAGUAUUAUGCCCGAUUUUAUGCACUGUAGUUGUAUUGUCUAAACUAUUGCAGUUUAUUCUUUAUAUGUACCUGCAGUAUUCACAGGAUUUUACAACAAACACAUCAAAUGAGAGUACUCAUACCUUCCAAUGAAUCAGAACUGAUUGUAAGUAUUCUCUUACAAGAGCUAUAUAAAAGUUUAGACUUAUAUUCUUGCAUUCUACUAUUUUCUCACCAUCUUUGGGGACCAUUUUCUUUCUUUCUUUCUUUCUUUCUUUCUUUUUUAAAGAUUUUUUUUUUUUUUAAUUUGACAGAGAGAGAUCACAAGUAGGCAGAGAGGCAAGCAGAGAGAGAGGAGGAAGCAGACUCCCCGUCCAGCAGAGAGCCCAAUGCGGGACUCAAUCCCAGGACCCUGAUAUCAUGACCUGGGCCGAAGGCAGAGGCUUAACCCACUGAGCCACCCAGGCGUCCCCAUCUUUGGGGAUCAUUUUAAGUUGGUUAAAAUUAGACCUGGCCAAAGUUGAGGUGAGAGGAGGCAGAAACUCCCUUUACAUUGAAUUAUAUUGAAAAUACUCAGAGUACUGUACAGAAAAAACAAACCAAUCUUGUAAUGCAGUCAUCCCAAUGACUGAGAAUAAAUGUGUCGAAUUGGAAAUGAUCAGCAUAAUAUGCACAUUAAAAAGUAUUCAAUAUGUAUUCAAAAGUAUUCAUUCAAUAAUGUAUAUGAAUGAAUGCAUACAUUCAUGAAAAUCAGAUAGGCUGAUUGAUUUAUCUCCCCUGUUAAUUCAACUUCAGCUGAGGACCAGCCAAAAGUUGUGCUAAUCUUUUAUUGGAAAGGCAGCAACAAAACUACAUCAUUAGAUUUAGAAUAGAGGUACUGUAUAUUCUGGUUUCAGACUUUUUUUUUUUUUUUUCAGUUCUCACAUUUUUUUUUUAUUAAUUAAAUUUAUUUAUUUGAACACAGAUUUCAAGUUCUGACAGCCAGUAAACUCGGUCAAUAAAGCUUAUGGAUGAUCUCUUUCAGACUGGAAUAAAGGAAAGUAAAAAAAAAAAAAAAGACAA